AUGUCAUCAGAGAAGAGUGAGGAGUCGAAGGGCAAAGAAGUGCUCACCAGGGAGCCUUCAGUAGGCCAUGGCGAACUAGGUGUCGCGGACGAUCAAGAAGUCUCCGACUUUUACGGCAAUUCCGUUAGCGAUGCAUAUCGUUUGAAGUCAGAGUUGGUAGCACAUCAUUUGGCUGAAAUUGGGAUGGGAAGGCAAGUUUUGUUCCAAUGGUACCUCUUCAUAGUGAAUGGCUUCGGCUGGGUCGUCGACAAUUUCUGGAGUCAAGGAAUUACCGCCGUCAGGCCACCGGUUGCGAACGAGUUCACCGACAUCACGUAUCUCAGCUUCAGUUCCGUCGCUUACUACGUGGGACUGAUUAUCGGCGCAUCUUUCUGGGGCAUCACCGCGGACCUGAUCGGCCGAAAGCCCGCUUUCAAUGCCACGAUUCUGAUCGGUGGAAUUUUUGCCUGCGCCGUGGCCGGGUCACAAAAUUUUGUAACGUUCUGCUCACUUUGGGCUGUAAUUGGCACAGCUGCCGGUGGAAAUGUCCCUGUGGACAGUAUUAUAUUCUUGGAGUUCAUCCCGCAAGAACGGCAGUGGAUGUUGACGAGCCUUUCGGCUUGGUGGAACCUGGGGCAAGUUAUUGUCUCGCUGUUAGCAUGGGUAUUCCUCGCGAACUACGCUUGCGAGAGCUCCGAGGCACCCUGCUCUGCGCGAUCCAACAUGGGCUGGCGCUAUGUCAUGAUUACCCUCGGCGCUCUAGCCAUCGCCUUUGCCCUCAUUCGAAUUUUCAUCUUCAAAAUGCCCGAGUCCCCCCGGUACCUUCUUUCCAGAGGACGCGACGCUGAGGCAGUAGAGGCGGUGAACUACGUCGCUCGAUACAACGGGAAGCCCGAAACAUUGACCUUGGAUAUGCUCAAAGCCAUUGAUGAAGCCCAACAGGCGUCUCCCACACAAGUUGAACAGACCGAACAUGUUGCAGCUGGAGAAACAAAAGCACCGCUUUCCUAUAAACAGAUCAUCACUGAGAACUUCAAAGAUUACAGCAGUCAUAGCUACCGCAAGCUCUUCGCGAGUCGCAAAAUGGCUCGGCACAGCUCGGUGAUUUUCUUGAUCUGGCUGACCAUCGGGGUGGCGUACCCGCUGUACUUCGCUUUCAUCACAUCGUAUCUCGAGACGAAAACGACAUACUCCGUCAACAGCUCGCUCAAUCAUACUUAUAUGGUCUACUGCAUUGUAUCUAUUGUUGGUGUUGUUGGGCCGAUCGCAGCCGGCUUCUCCGUCGAGACACGUUUGGGCCGUCGUUGGAUGAUGGCUAUAUCAGCUGUCCUGACUGGCGUUUUCCUGUUUGCGUACACAAGCGUUGGAACCGAGGCGGCGGAUAUCGGAUUCCAGUGUGCCACUGCCAUACUUGGUAACUUCGGUGAGUUGACCCACUCAAUCUUGAACAUACCCUCCUGGCAAAACUACAAACUAAACGUGGUCUUCACAGAAUACGCGAUCAUGUUCGCAUUCACGCCAGAGUCGUUCCCAGGACCGGUUCGAGGAACUGGGACGGGAAUUGCUGCAACGCUGCUACGAGUUGGUGGAUUGGUAGCGUCUUUUAUUUCAACUUACGCCGGAUACUCCACGGUUCCUAUUUAUGCAAGCGCUGCGCUUUGGAUUGUGGCUGGAUUCUUUUGUCUGGGCCUGCCAUUCGAGACUCAUGGUCAUGCCUCCAUCUGA